CAACUAGUACCCCAAAGAACUUCUUGCUGAGGUCCACCAGCAGAUAUGUAUAAGUAAGUUCAUGACAGCAUUGUUUGUUACAACCAAAACAAAAAUCACAUGUGCUACCUAUAGGAAAAUGGCUAUAUGUAUGUAUGUAUGUGUGUGUGUAUAUGUAUAGUCAUACAUUGGAAUACUAUGCAGCACUGAGAAGUAAAACUACAUGCAUCAGAAAGAUGAAUCUCAAAACUAGAAUGUUGAGGAGGAAAAAGCAAGUCAUAGACACGUAUAAGGUGUAAUUCUAUUUGUAUAAAGCUUAAAGGUAGGCAAAACUCAACACAUGUUUAGGGAUACACACAUAUGACAUAGUAAUAAAGAAAAGAAAGGGAAUGACCAACAUAAAAACCCAGGACAGUGGUUACUUUGGGGAUCAGAUGGGGUUCGAGAUGGAUAGAGAUGGGGAUCGGAUGGGGUUCAAGAAUCCUGCAGGAGGCUUUGAAGGUACUGGUGAGUACACAAGGAUUUGUUUUAUUAUUGUUGAUAGUUAAAUCAAUAAAUGUAGGUCUUGCAUGCUCUUUUGCAUACAUGAGAAAUUUAUAAAACAAAGGAAAUAUGCUCUCAGUGGCUUGUGCUCUUUAGUUCCUACGUACUCCUACAGGUUAAAGUCAUUGCCUCACCCAAGAUCUCCUACCAAGUCUUGGGACUGGCAUCCCCAGUUCCAAUUUCUUGCCCUCCUGUCAAUCUUCUGCACUGCUCCUAGACAAUCACAUCUUGUGUCAGGCCACUCUCCUGCUCAGACACCCUCUGUGGCUCCCCAGUGCCCAUCCAGAAGCCCAAGCUCCUCAGCUCCACACAUUUCCUCCACCUGAGGUAGUCUUCCCCUCCACUUUCCUUUAAAGUUCCACUUCAGCCCAGAAACUUUUAUUUUCCCAUCUGGGAUCACAGUAUGGCCCCCUUCUACCCCAUGCCUCUGAGGUCUCCUGGGUGGAACUCUGUGAUUGUAAUGAGGUGAGGUCACAGAGCCCCCAGAAAGAAAAGGCCUAGUCCUCAGUGGCAAGGAUUCUGGGAGCUCUUGGGCUGGGGCGGGCUUUGAUGCUCAAGAGAGCUUGGAGGAGGCCACGGUUCUUACACCAUGUGUGAGGAAUUAAAGGCAACCAUGCAGAAACACAUGCAGAGCCUGAGGCCCAGCAAGGAGGAUCUGAAUGGGUUUAAUCAGGCCAUCCAGCAGCUGACUGUGGAGGUGGGCAGUGCUGAGAGUCAGCCUCUGAGAAAGGUCUGGAUCUUUAAGGGGGAAGGAGUAAAGGCCAAGAAUGUUCUUCUGUCCUUGAUCUGCCCUGCACCCCCCAAGCCCUGUGAACUAGAGAAAGCCAAGGACCUGACAGCUCUGCAGGAGGAGGGCGGCUCUGGCAGCGCCAUCAGCAAGCUGGCCUGGCUGGAGGCUGCCCUGCAGCGGGCUAAGCAGGAUGUGGUGCAGCAGCUGUGCGAGUACUGGGAGCUGAUGAUCAUCAAGCGGGGCCUGGACUUGGAGAUUGCGGCCUACCACAAGCUGCUGGAGGGUUUGGUCUGGGAUUUGGGGCAGGGAGCGUCAGUAAGUAAACAGUAAGCUGGCGUCGGAUCUUAUCUUAAUAUCUUAUUUUCCUUAUUCUCUCCUUCCCCGUCCACACCUUGGCGUGCCUCCUCUUGAGAAGGCAGAAGCGAUGUGUUUCUGUUCCUGUGUCUGUCCGCUCCCUCUGUGCCUCUCCUUUGGUCAGGGGCUAUAUCUUCUCUUGGGGGUGACUCUGUUUGUAUGUGUGGGGAAGGCAGUCCUGUGGUCCGCUCUUUGGGGAGGGGUCUGUGUACCUGUUCCUUUGGGGGAGUUUGUA